UGUUCGGUGAUUUUCUCUCAUCAUCACUGACAUCAGCCUUCACAGCGGCGCGCAUCAGGGAGCGCGCUCGACAAUCGGAGCCCGAGACAGUUCAAUCUAUGGUCUGCUUCUUCAUUCGGCUCCCUUUCAACGCAUUAAUACACGCAGGUGGCACUGUAUUUGAAGAUGGCAGCUCCAGGCUUGUGUUGUCUCUUUGCCCUGCUCUUUAUCACACUGUCCCACACCUCGCACAGCUCUGAGAUCCCAUCUGAAAAGGCCAAACGGAGUAUGACCAGGUCUUCUACCUCCACCACUGACUCCAAGUCAGACCCUGACAUGGGACUUCUGGGCGGCAACCAGCGAAGAAAACACUGGUCACGUAAAGACAGGGAUAAUGCUGGGCUGCUCUCUCGAAGGCCUGUGGACCAACCGGAGGAUGAUGGGACGAGUCUAGAGGGCCUGAGCCCUGUAAGGCUGGAGAUGGGGCCUGGAGACAGUAUGAAGGUGGAGGUUCAUGAUGAAGUCAGAGGUCCUGCUCAUAUGCGGCGUGGAAAUCAUCCACCAGAGGGAGAGUUCAAUCGUAAAGGCAGGAGACAUGGCCACGGGCAUCUGGCUGAGCACAGAAAGCAAGGAGGCAAAAGAGACAAAGGCCGAGCUAAAGGGGAUCUCUAUGACCCUGAACCAGAAUUAGGCUCCUUGUUGAAGGACACGAAUGCAUUUGAGGAUGGUCUUUACACCUCCCCACCCAAUUACGACAAUGCUCCACUCACUGAAGCUCCCUCCCAUCUCUCCCCCAUUUUGGUAACCACAGCAAUCAACGAGCAUCCCCCAACACUGCACCCAGCCUCCACCAAACCCCAGAAGUCAGGUCGUGGAAGGGUUCAAGGGGAGGUGAUGCCCACUCUGGACAUGACACUCUUUGACUGGACUGAUUAUGAGGAUAUGAAGCCUGCAGACACUUGGCCAUCCAAUAAAAGAAAAGAUAAACGUCGCAGCAAAAACAAGAGCAAUGGGAACACAACGCUUGAUUCUGAUGUCAUUGAACCAUGUGACCAUCAUCUUGAUUGCCUUCCUGGUUCCUGUUGUGACCUCAGAGAACAUGAGUGCAAACCUCACAACCAUGGUCUAAACAACAAGUGUUAUGAUGACUGCAUGUGUGAGGAGGGUCUGCGUUGUUAUGCCAAGUUCCACCGCAAGCGUCGGGUAACUCGAAGACGUGGCCGCUGUGUGGAGCCAGAAUCAGCCAACAGCAACCAAGGAGCCUUCAUUACUGUCUGACAUAUAAAGAGAUAAAGAAACAGAGAGACGAGAGACCACAUCCUUAUAACCCAUGAUGGAUUGAGCCUUGAAGAAUGUGGGCCAAAGUUAAACAUCCAUCAAAACUUGCUCUAACUCAACCCACAGUAUAAGUAAGCAAUAAGGUACGAGAGGUCAUGCUGUAUUGUGAAUGGGCUCUGUUAGGUAUGACAUGAAGCAGAGUGCCUAGCAACCCCUUCAUUUGUGACUGUAUUCACAAUACAGCACACCUUGAGUACCUUAUUGCUUUUAUAAAACAAUUACCAUACAAUAAAGAUAUUAAGCUGAAAA